CCAACUCCGUCUGACGGAUCAUCAGCUAGUCAUCUGUGUCACGGAUGACCACUUGGUCGCUUGGCACCUCAUGUCCGACCGGCCCAAACCUGAAUCUUGAAGCAUGAUGACAGGGCUAGAUUGCCUGCCGGUUGUAUUCCUUGGUCAAUCUGGAACUGGCAAAACCUCCCUGAUUCGCCAGUUUGUUUACAGGACCUUUGACCAAUGCUAUCAAGCAACAGUGGGAAUGGACUUUGUCACGAAGCUUGUCACGCUAGAGGAUGGUGACCAAAUGCGGCUGCAGCUCUGGGACACUGCGGGCCAAGAGAGGUUUCGAGCCUUAGUGCCAAGCUAUCUCAGAGACAGCUCGGUUUGCGUGAUUGUUUACGACGUCACAUCUCGGGAAUCCUUCAACAGCGUGAAGGGAUGGGUGGAGCAAGUGCUUGAGGCCCGAUCAAGGCAAGAGGUGACGCUUGCCCUGGUUGGAAACAAGAUUGACCUUGAGGAUCGGAAGGUCCAGUAUUCUGAGGGAGAAGCAUUGGCCACGGAGCUGAAGAUGCUUUUCUUCGAGGCCACUGCUCUCAAGUCUGACUUGGUGGACGCAGUUUUUCAUGGGCUGGCUGCAGGUCUGUCAUGCGAGCCCAAGGCAGAGUCUGAUGACGAGAUCGUGCUGGAGCCACAAAGACGCCCCGAGGUUUCUCAGAAGCGGAAGAAGUGCUGCGUUUGAAGGUUUGUGUCAAAGUACAUCAUAGAUCCAGUGCUGUCUUUGUGUGUGGCCAACCUGAAUGUUUGUGGGCGGAUCAAGAGUAACGCAAGCCAGAUCAGUGUGGUUUAGUACUGCAGAAGGCUAGCUGCACGAC